UGCACGUUUACAUCUUUCUCACAGCACCCAGUGAGCUGAGGAGAUCACUUGUUGUUGUGAGCCAUGGUGAUGAAGUGUACUGUGUGCUUUGUGGCACUGGCCUUGCUUGGUAGCUUCUGUAAGGCUCAAUGGGGAUUUAACCCAAAACCUAACCAGAAUCCAGGGAUUCCUCCGCCCAUCAAACAGGUUCCUCACAAUCCCCAACAGACAAAGCAGACAUUUGAGAAACCUCUCACCUGGAAAUACCCUCAAGAUCCCGACCCUCUACCCAAAGAAAAUGUGCCUUUCGAGCUGAGAUCUCCUGUGGCUGCUUCAUCUGUCUCUGUAGAUUGCAGAGAGAAGAUUGUUCAUGUGGAAGUCAGGAAGGACAUGUUUGGGACAGGACAGCUCAUCAAUCCCGCUGACCUGACGAUGGGAAACUGUGCUGCUGUUGGAGAAGACACUAUUGCUCAGGUCUUGAUUUAUGAGACAGAACUGCAGGAUUGUCUCAGCACAUUAACGCGGACAGAAGAUGCCAUCAUCUACACCUUCACCAUGAAUUAUGCUCCCCAAGCUCUGGGCUCCUCCCCUGUGGUGAGGACCGGCGAAGCUACUGUAAUUGUAGAAUGCCACUACCCAAGGAAGCACAAUGUGAGCAGUCUGGCUCUUAAUCCCGACUGGGUGGCCUUCUCUGCGGUUAGAAUGGCACAGGAAUUCUUGUACUUCACUCUGAGACUCAUGACUGAUGACUUCCAGCAUGAAAGACCAAGCCCCCAGUACUACCUGGGAGACACCAUCAACAUUGAGGCUACCGUUACGCAGUUCUUCCACGUUCCCCUCCGUGUAUAUGUGGAGAGCUGCCGUGCUAGUCCACCUGUGCCCAAGGGCUUCAGGCCCAUUGGCUAUUCCUUCAUUGACAACAAUGGGUGUUUGCUUGACGCUAGGCUCACAGGCUCUCAUUCGAUGUUCAUGGCUCGCACUGCGGACAACAAGCUGCAGUUCCAGUUGGCGGCCUUCAAGUUCCAUGCAGUUGACAAUGGCAUACUGCACAUCACCUGUUACCUGAAAGCAUCGUCUGCUUCUCAUGCCAUCGAUACUGAACAUAGAGCUUGCUCCUGGAACAACGGGUGGUAUGAGGCAGGUGGAGAUUUAGACGUGUGUAGCUCUUGUGAAAAUGUAUCUGGACCUGUGCAACCUUCACCUCCACCUCCUUCAGAUCCAAAGGGAGGAGCUGCUUAUCCUGAAAGGAAGAUUCGUGAUGUGUCCAAAAGUGGAGUUUUGGAAUGGGAAGGUGAAGUCACCCUGGGUCCCAUCCACAUUGCAGAGAAGAUGGUUGUUUGAGUCGUUAUGUAAAAUCCACUCCACCUUCUCUGUCUCAGAUUGCAAACAACUUAGUUUCAAAUAGCAGUUGGUCUAAACAUAGUUAGCUUGUGUCAUCUUGAAACUCUACAACAAUGCAGAAAUGUUGGUUUGUUUGAAUAUGUAAGAAACUUAUUCUGUCAAUGAUAAUGUCAAAUUAUUAUUAUUUUCUAAACACAUAGUAUUCAGUUGAAACAACAAGUGACUACAAGCUCAAUCAACUUUGCCUUAAAAAACAAUGUUUAGAAAAUUAGAACAUGCCAACAUAAUUAAACAACUUUAUUGUCUGAGUUGAAACUAAGUUAAUCUUCAUGUUGAGGUAACUUGCCUUUUAAAAGCAGCGGGUGAUCUUUCAUUAGAAAAGAAAAGAUUCUCUUCAUAUUGUUUUAAGACCUUUCAUUCAAUCAUCUGGUCAGCGGCGCUGUGACAUAAGCUCCCUCUUUAAAAAACAGCAUUGGUCCUGAUACAACAGUUAAGCAAUAUUGUGAAAUCAUUCAACAGCCAGUCUUUCUUUCUUUUUCUGCCUUUUUUAAUAUACACACAUAAAAUACUACUCCCACGGUGCCCAUUGUGUUUACCCUUGUAUAAUUGUGAAAACACGCUUUGUGUGCUUGCAUUGAGGCUGCUUACAGAAAACAAAUAGUCUCCCGCAGAUUAAACUCUGUUGCCAGUCUGGUUGAAGCCAUAUCGAUUUGCAGCAUUUCACUAAAUGUACUUUGGCAAAAACAUGGGUCUGACAUGCCAUGCGAGGGCAAGUACACCUAACCCCGGGUCAGCCUGACCUUGUUGUCACCGACACUUUUUUAGUGUAUGUCAAAUAACUAUCUUUUCUUUCUUGCUUUUAAAAAAUGAUUACACUUUUGAUGCUAAUUUUUAUUUCAUUAGGUACAUUAUCUUCACAAUGACUUUUUUUCGGCUUGAAUUAGAAUUUCUACACACAGUUUGUUUAUUCUUUUCAAAGUGGAAUUGUAUGCAUUAAACAAAUAAAAAAAAUCUAAACCCAACUAAUGAA